CACCUCCCCUUUGGUCUUUCACCCCAGCAAUUACGAAAGCGCGACCCGGGAGCUAUAAAGUGCCAGGCGGCCCCCGUGGCGCGCUCGCCCCGCUGCUCCCCGCGCGCCCGGACUGUGCAGGCAGGAUGGAGUGGGUGUGGGCGCUCGUGCUGUUGGCGGCGCUGGGUGACAGCCAGGCGGAGCGAGACUGCAGGGUGAACAGCUUCAGAGUCAUGAAAAACUUCGACAAGGCUCGAUUUUCGGGCACCUGGUACGCCAUGGCCAAGAAGGACCCCGAGGGCCUCUUCCUACAGGACAACAUCAUCGCAGAGUUCUCUGUGGAUGAGAAUGGCCAGAUGAGUGCCACGGCCAAGGGCCGGGUCCGUCUUUUAAAUAACUGGGACGUGUGCGCAGACAUGGUGGGCACCUUCACGGACACCGAGGACCCUGCCAAGUUCAAGAUGAAGUAUUGGGGUGUAGCAUCUUUUCUCCAGAGAGGAAAUGAUGACCACUGGAUUGUCGACACGGACUAUGACACCUACGCUGUGCAGUACUCCUGCCGCCUCCAAAACCUCGAUGGCACCUGUGCGGACAGCUACUCCUUCAUCUUUGCCCGCAACCCCAAUGGCCUGCCCCCAGAAACACAGAGAAUUGUAAGGCGGAGGCAGGAGGAGCUGUGCCUGGCCAGGCAGUAUAGGCUGAUCGCUCAUAAUGGUUACUGCGAUGGCAGUUCAGAAAAAAACAUUUUGUAGCCGCAACAAGAACGUCAAUUUUCAUUGGCAGUCCCCCCUCUAACUCUCACUCAGCCUUCCAGUCUAUUUAUCUUAAUUUAGUUUGACCCUUUCUCCUCCCACUCCCUCAGCUAAUGUAAACCCUUUCGUGCACAUAAAAAAAUAUAUAUGUGUGUGGGGAUAAGUGAAUCUAUACUCAAAUGUAGGACUUUACAAGUUUUUAGAGCUAUCAUUUGAGGCUUAGGAUUCCAUUUUCUGAUAUAUUAAAAUACAGUCACUCAUU